CUCCACCGCUGCCGUCAUGAAAUUCGCCGUGGCCGUCGUCCUCGUGGUGUGCGCAGCGGCCGCCGCCCGCGCCGGGCUGCUGCACCACGCGCCGCCCCCGCCACCGCCGCCCCCGCAGCACGAGAUCAUCUACGACUACGUGGCGCCGCCCCAGUACCGCUUCGACUACGCGGUGCGCGACGGCCACACGGGCGACGCCAAGACGCAGUGGGAGCACCGCGACGGCGACCGCGUCACCGGCGCCUACUCGCUCGUCGACGCCGACGGCACGACGCGCAUCGUCGAGUACACGGCCGACGACCACAACGGCUUCCAGGCGGUCGUGAAGCGCGUCGGUCACCCCGCGCCGCCGCCCCCGCAGCCUCCGCGUCUUCCCGCCCCCCCGCCCCCGCCGCCCCCGCAGCACGAGAUCAUCUACGACUACGUGGCGCCGCCCCAGUACCGCUUCGACUACGCGGUGCGCGACGGCCACACGGGCGACGCCAAGACGCAGUGGGAGCACCGCGACGGCGACCGCGUCACCGGCGCCUACUCGCUCGUCGACGCCGACGGCACGACGCGCAUCGUCGAGUACACGGCCGACGACCACAACGGCUUCCAGGCGGUCGUGAAGCGCGUCGGUCACCCCGCGCCGCCGCCCCCGCAGCCUCCGCGUCUUCCCGCCCACCCCGCCCCUGCUCCACACCCCUAUCCCCUGCCUUACCACGGUUAGUCUGCCGCUGCAUUGGUAACAUCCGCAUCACCCACUCCCACUAUAAGAAUUUCACCUUCUAUCUCCCUCCUCACUCUUGU